GGGCGGUGCUAAAAGGCUGCAUCUUUUCAUAACAUAUCGCCAUGUAUUGUAUUAUGUAUUGAGUGAAAUCAGGAGGUGCUGAGUGUUGAAACCCACUGUUGAAACAAACUACAAUACGACCUGUGGAUACAUAAACGGAGUCUAAGAUGGCUGCAGCUCUGGCCAACAGAGCGAUAGGAGCCAUUGUAGGAUCAGCAGUUGCAGAUGCAGCAGCGCAGCCCCUUCACUGGGUGUAUGACCUCCAGAAGCUGCAGGGGAUUCUGGCUCAGGAUCCAAACCCUGAAUUUCGCACAGAGUCGGCCAACCCGUUCUACAGGAGGCAGACGGGCCAGCAGAGCUGCUACGGAGACCAGGCAUAUGUCUUGCUGGAGUCCUUGUCCGAAUGUGGAGGUCUAAAUGUUGAUGAUCUGAAGCAGCGCACACUGAAAUUCUUUGGGCCUGGAUCAGAGUAUGAUACACCUAUCAAUGAUCCUUACAGAGAGAGAGGAGGGCCCAGACCUCAGCUGCCUAUUGAGGGACCAUGGAGACAUGGGAGUUUGAAGAACUUCCUGAAGAACGUGGACGCAGGCAAAGAGGAGACAGGCUGUGAGAAUGACUGUCAGAUUGAUGGAAUAACCAAACUGGCUCCAGUAGUGGCUUUUUACGCAGGAAAGCCAGACAUGCUGGAGAAGGUUGAGCAGGCUGUCCGUGUCACCCAGAACAAUGAUGCGUGUGUGGCAGAGACUCUGGCAGCUGCAAGGUUCCUGGAGCAUUUCAUCCUGAAUGGUUCUGAUCCAAAAGCCUUGGACACAGUGCUCCAUCAGCUUAAUGACCCGAACAGAAAGCAGCCACAGGAUCUGGACAAAGCGGUCAUUGGGCACAUUCUUCAGGUGAAGGAGAAUUUAUCCAAGACUCCCAAAGAGCUAAUCCCCACCGUGUUUCCAAACACAUGAGGUUUGCCAGGUGCGUUCCAAGCAGCGCUGCACGGAGUCCUGACAGCCAAGCAGUACGAGCAGGCUGUCAGAGACACCAUGAGCUGUGGGGGAUGCACCUGUAGCAGAGGAUCCUUCAUCGGGGCCUGUCUUGGUGCUCAGAUUGGAUUUGAGGGAAUUCCAUCUUCCUGGGCAUCCAAGACACUGCGAUAUGACUCAGUGUUGGAGCACGCCAAGAAGAUAACUAAACACCACCAGUAGUUAUUCUUUCUCUGGCAGUCUAAUGAGUUUAACCAUCUAAGGUGGUUCAGAACAUCAUGAACAACUGUUGAGCUUCGACAGAACAGUGAAUGAAGGUUUUUGUCUAAACUGUUGGACGGCAGGAGCCAGAUGUUUUUGUCUCUGUUAAAGUGAAACAUGUUGGUUCAGAUGUUCUGUACAUGUGUUUUUUUGCAUUUAAGUAAUUCUCAAAAAAAAUCCUUUUGUCUGAUAUUUAGAUGAACUGAACUAUGAUGCACUGAUGGAUCAACUGAUUUUUCUAACUUGGAGUUACAUGUUACUCAAUUAACACUUAAUAAACAAAGGACAGAAGUGCCAAAUUAGAUUCACUCCUGUUACUGCAAAUAUUUCGUUUUUGAUAAAAUAGUAUACAAUGCUACAUUUGAAAUCACAUCCCUUCAGCUUCAGGAAGUUGACAAGAGCCAUACAAAGGGUUAGUGAACAAGAGAAGACUUGUCAUGUGCACUAAGUAAUUUCCUUUUUUUCUCAUGAGUCUGUCUUCUCUUCCUUUUAGAAUCAAAUAGGAAAUAUCACAUCCAACUAUGUUCUCUCUUCCAAAAAGUAUCUCUGAUUUUACACAGAAAUGUUCACUAGAACAUUACCUCUAUAUGACCUCAAUAAUGGUCAAAUACUGCAUGAACGGUAGGAUGUUGUAGUUUCCACCUUUGUGACCAAGGCCAGAUUAACCACCAAAUUUGAGCUGUGGAUGGCUAUUGACCACUUUGCAUUAGGUAUUGAAUAGCUCCUGUUGCCUUUAAGCACAAUUACACUGCAAACACCACACUACACGUCAGUGCCAUUACAUUUAAUAUUGAGCCCUAGAGACCAACAGGUAUUACUGAUAUAAUAAAGGUAGAAACCAGCGGUACUAAAUAUAAAGGUUAAUAUAUUUUAAAAAAUGAAGAACCUGCCUUAAGUCCCCUGUCAUUUGUAUAUUAGUGGUGCAUAUUUACAUAUUUGCAGCCAAACAGAGUAACUGCUAUCGACUCCUGAGUUAUUAGUCAUGGAUCAAAGAAUUUCCACAACUACACUGGUACAGAAGUCAGACAUGUAAUCUCUUUGCAUUAUAAAUUGGACUUCUAAAAUAUUUUCAUUAAUUUCUCAUUGUUGUAUAGACUGAUUAACUGGAAUUUUAACAUUUGUACUGAUGGUGGUGGGCAAAGAUUGAUGCAGGGAAAGCAGUCAUUGUAUACACGGUACUUUAUCCCUGUCAGGACUGGUGGUAUAGGCUUCUGCUCAUUUAAGUAUUUUUUGGGAAAAAUUAACAUUGUAAAAGAAAAAUGUGAUAAGAGACCUAACAGACUCAAGGGCAUUAUUUCUCCAUCACAUAAGUACUGUACUGCCUGCUGUUUUCAAUUGAAUAAAAAGUCACAGAGCUGGGAAUAUUUGUGAUAAACACUGUAAGAUCAAAUCAUCGUCAUAUAUGACACAACGUUGAAUUUAAUCUGUGAAAAAAUGUACUUCAAACACUUAAUACUAAUAUGGGUUGUGGUUGUGUAGUUUUGUGGAUUGCAGGUAAUCACACGACUUAUUUUUUCAGUGUCUGUACUCCAGGAUAUCUUGGACUGACUUUUUGGCACUUUGUACUAUUGUGAGGCUGAAAUAUAUUUUUGUUUUACCACAAAAGCUGAAUAAAAGCAUUUUUAUUUUCA